CUCCUUAGCAAAUACUGCCCAAUGCAGCGAAUUCAUGUCUCUCGUAGCCGGGCGCGGGGCAGGCAGGCUCGCCCGCUUUCCCUCGCCUCUGCCUUCCCAGCUCCCAGUCUUCUCUCCCACGGCCCAUCUGCCCUCCUUGCCUCCGCCCCCCGCGUCCUCUCUGCUCCCCUUUAUUUCCACUCCCCACCCGCGUGGCGUUGCUGUCCCGCUCCCCCUCGGCUUGUCCGUAUUUGGAGCUCCCGGAAGCUGCCGGCGACUCUCCCCGGGAGCAGCGUGACUGACACCGACUGCCAUUGGGGGGAGGCGGGAGGGGAGGAGAAGGGGAGGACGCGCGGGAGGAGGGUGCGAGUGGCCGACCACGGAUUUGCAUCGCCGGGGACAAGACCCCAGGGCAGCGAGGCAGAAUGGCAGACAUGGAGGAGCUGGUGCAAAGACUGGAGCGAGCCGUCAGCCGCCUCGAGGUGCUGUCUGCAGAGUCCCACAGGCGCCCUGGGGACUGCGGGGAAGUCAACGGUGUCAUUGGAGGUGUGGCCCCCUCCGUGGAAGCCUUUGAUAAGCUGAUGAAUGGUAUGGUGGCCGAGUUUUUAAAGAACAGUAGGAUCCUUGCUGGUGAUGUGGAGACUCAUGCAGAAAUGGUGCACAGUGCGUUCCAGGCCCAGCGGGCUUUCCUUCUGAUGGCCUCUCAGUACCAACAACCUCAAGAGAACGAAGUGGCCACGCUUCUGAAACCCAUAUCGGAAAAGAUUCAGGAAAUCCAAACUUUCAGAGAGAGGAACCGGGGGAGUAACAUGUUUAAUCAUCUGUCGGCCGUCAGCGAAAGCAUCCCUGCCCUGGGGUGGAUAGCUGUGUCCCCCAAACCCGGUCCUUAUGUCAAGGAGAUGAAUGAUGCUGCCACCUUUUACACUAACAGGGUCCUAAAGGACUACAAACACAGUGAUUUACGCCACGUGGAUUGGGUGAAGUCGUACCUGAGCAUUUGGAGUGAGCUUCAAGCGUACAUCAAGGAGCACCACACCACCGGCCUUACUUGGAGCAAAACUGGUCCUGUAGCAUCUGCCGUAUCGGCAUUCUCAGUCCUCUCCUCUGGGCCUGGCUUUCCGCCACCCCCUCCUCCUCCACCUCCUCCAGGGCCACCUCCCCUUUUUGAGAAUGAAGGCAGAAAAGAGGAGUCCUCUCCUUCACGCUCCGCAUUAUUCGCCCAGCUUAACCAGGGAGAAGCGAUCACGAAAGGCCUCCGGCACGUCACAGAUGACCAGAAGACAUACAAGAAUCCCGGCCUGCGGGCUCAAGGAGGGCAAGCGCGCUCUCCAACCAAAAGCCACACUCCAAGUCCCACAUCUCCCAAAUCUCACCCUUCUCAGAAGCACGAUCCUGUGUUCGAGCUGGAAGGAAAGAAAUGGAGAGUGGAGUACCAGGAGGACAGAAAUGACCUCGUGAUUUCAGAAACUGAGCUGAAACAAGUGGCUUACAUUUUCAAAUGCGACAAAUCGACUCUCCAGAUAAAAGGGAAAGUAAACUCCAUUACAAUCGACAACUGUAAGAAGUUUGCCCUGGUGUUUGAUAAUGUGGUGGGCAUUGUAGAAGUGAUCAACUCCAAGGACAUUCAAAUCCAGGUAAUGGGAAGAGUGCCAACAAUUUCCAUUAAUAAGACGGAAGGUUGCCACAUAUACCUCAGUGAAGAUGCGUUAGACUGUGAGAUUGUGAGUGCUAAGUCAUCUGAAAUGAAUAUACUUAUCCCUCAGGAUGGUGAUUAUAGAGAAUUUCCCGUUCCCGAGCAGUUCAAGACGGCAUGGGAUGGAUCCAAGUUGGUCACUGAACCUGCAGAAAUUAUGGGCUAGCGUCCCGAGAGACCGGACCCCUCACCUGAAUCUCCUCUAUCAAACAAACAAAAAAGCAGCAUUGAAGAGCUAGAAGUUGCAGUGGCUCUACUGCUUUAGUUUUAGCCUCCAACAAUCCUGUGCUGUAAGAAACAGCAUCGUUUCUGGCACGCUUUCGUGGGCAUUUUGAAAUAUUUAACGUUUCUUCAUGAUUUGCCUUUGUGUGAUUUUAGUUCCACACGAUGACUUCUGAGCAUUACAGAUUUAAAGGGAAAAAAAGAAUUCUGUUCCCCUCAUAUCAUGAACAUAGUAACUGCUAGGUAAAAAUGCUGCAUGAUUCACUUUUACACUUACAUUUAAUUGCUAGUUGAAAAAUAAAACUUUUGAGAAUCUAAGAUGUACAUUUUUACCUUCUAGAAUAAUUUCAAUAUGAUGUAGUAGUAGUGUGCCCUGAAAAAUGUAUGACAUUUUUUUCUUAUUUUUACCAUAUGUUCACCUUUAUCAGCGUGUGUACACUGUCAGCAUGAAUACAUAUUUCAACUCACGCUUUUAAAAAAACAUAAGAAAAUUCCAUACUAAGGAACAAAUGCAAUUUCUUGGUCCUUGGAAGACCUAUGUUCUUUAUAGUUAUGAAAAUCAAAAGUAAAUUCUAAUUAUUCAUCUUAAAUAUUUUUCCACUAUGUCAUUUGAAAACUCUUACUUUUCUGCAUAGGAGAUUCUUAUGCCAGAAGAUUGACGGGAGGGCUAUGUAAUACCUCACAAUUUUGCUCUAAGAUCAAGCUCAAGUUUUUCCAACAUUGAACAUGUUAAAUAUCAGAUGCCUUGUAAAUUAUGUCUUUAAUGUUUUAUUAUAGACUAUUUCUUCUUUUCCACCUGCCAGACUUGCUAACCACUCUCAGCAACGAACAUGAAAAAGCCAUAGAUGUAUAACUUCUUCUAAAACCUAAGCAAUUGUUUGUUGGUUUGGCUUGCUGCUCCUAUUUUGUAGUCUUGAUAGUACAAGCUUUUCAACAUAAGAGUAACUAUGAUAUUCCUUUGUAUCUUUCAGUACAUAGUGCUGAAAAAUCUGCAACUUCUUGGAUCACAUUUAAUGAAUUAUAGUUAUAAUGCUUGCAGACCCAAUACAAGCAUAUAUAUUGUGCCUACUACAGCCUUUGGAAUACAUCAUUUCCGUUUUUUAAAUAUCUUCUAUAUCCACAUAGUAUUCAAAUUAUUAAUGCUCAUGUACCAAGGUUUUGCUAUAAAAGUUUUGUCUGUAUGAAUGAUGUUGUGGCUUUAGUAAAUAUCAUUUUUCAACUGUAAACUUAUUCUGAAAUAAAGUAAAAUUCUAAUUGUUUAAAUACUCUGAU